AUGCCUGGGGAAUUGGUGUUGGAGGAGUCUGUGAAUCGGGCUGAGCGCGAGUAUGAGGCACAUCAGGCACGGACGGUUGCUGUCAUGACUCGGACGCAGCGGUUGAGGGCCUCUGCAGUUGAUGCGGAUGUGGCUGCUGGUGAGAAGCCACCGGUUGAGGAGCCGGUGUCGUUGUUGACCAGGGCUCGGGAGCAGUUGGCAGCGUCUGAGGUGGUUAAUUCUCAUAUAUUGCCGGUCUUUGGGCCGCGCACAGAGAAGGAGUUUCUCGAAGAUGUGCAGUGUGGACUGAAUGGUAUCGAAGUGGGGGGUCCUGUUGUCAUGAGUGUCUUGCGUUACACGCAUGAGCUCUUUUCCAAUGUCAAAUCGGAUCGUCUGAUACAUCUAGUGAAAAAGUUGUGGGGUUGGACUGGCUUGCGUGCGCAGUGUAAGCAUGUUAGGCGUAGCUGUGGGCCGCGUCAGGAGGUCUCACCUAUUCUCGGGCAGAUGUGA